CACACUAACAAGAUGUCACCGUGCCACUGGCCCCUGCUUCUGAACUUUCAGUCAUUUUUAUCUGUCCAUCAUGUUACACAGAAUGGAGGCCUGUAUAAAAGGCCAUUUAAUGAAGCGUUCGAAGAGACCCCAAUGCUGGUUGCUGUGCUUACGUACGUGGGGUAUGGUGUGCUCACCCUCUUUGGAUAUCUUCGAGAUUUCUUGAGGCACUGGAGAAUUGAAAAGUGCCACCACGCAACAGAAAGAGAGGAACAAAAGGACUUUGUGUCCUUGUAUCAGGAUUUUGAAAACUUCUAUACGAGGAACCUCUACAUGAGAAUACGAGACAACUGGAAUCGUCCCAUCUGCAGCGUGCCUGGGGCCAAAGUGGACAUCAUGGAGAGGCAGUCUCAUGACUAUAACUGGUCGUUCAAGUAUACAGGGAAUAUAAUUAAAGGUGUUAUAAACAUGGGUUCCUAUAACUACCUGGGAUUUGCACGGAAUGAUGGAUCAUGUCAGGAAGCAGCCGCCAGAGUCCUAGAGAAGUACGGUGUUGGCGUGUGCAGCACUCGGCAGGAAAUUGGAAACCUGGACAAGCAUGAAGAACUAGAGAAGCUUGUAGCGGAUUUCUUGGGAGUAGAAGCUGCUAUGACAUAUGGCAUGGGAUUUGCAACAAUUUUUUCGAUGAACAUUCGUGCUCUUGUUGGCAAAGGUUGCCUUAUUCUGAGCGAUGAACUGAACCAUGCGUCGCUGGUUCUAGGAGCCAGACUAUCAGGAGCAACCAUUAGGAUCUUCAAACACAACAAUAUGCAAAGCCUGGAGAAGCUAUUGAAAGAUGCUAUUGUUUACGGACAGCCUCGGACACGAAGGCCAUGGAAGAAAAUUCUAAUCCUAGUGGAGGGAAUAUAUAGCAUGGAGGGAUCUAUUGUUCGCCUUCCUGAAGUGAUUGCCCUGAAGAAGAAGUACAAGGCCUACUUGUAUCUGGAUGAGGCUCACAGCAUCGGGGCCCUGGGCCCUUCAGGCCGAGGUGUGGUCGACUACUUUGGCCUGGAUCCCAAGGAUGUGGAUGUUAUGAUGGGAACAUUCACAAAGAGCUUUGGUGCCUCUGGAGGAUACAUUGGAGGCAAGAAGGAGCUGAUAGACUAUCUGCGGACACAUUCCCAUAGUGCAGUGUAUGCCACGUCGCUGUCCCCACCUGUAGUGGAGCAGAUCAUCACCUCUAUGAAGUGCAUCAUGGGGCACGAUGGCACCAGCAUUGGUAAAGAAUGUGUGCAGCAGUUAGCAGAAAACACCAGGUAUUUCAGGAGACGCCUGAAAGAGAUGGGCUUCAUCAUCUACGGGAAUGAAGACUCACCGGUGGUGCCUUUGAUGCUGUAUAUGCCAGCCAAAAUCGGCGCCUUUGGACGGGAGAUGCUGAAGCGGAACAUCGGUGUGGUUGUGGUGGGAUUUCCUGCUACCCCAAUUAUUGAGUCCAGAGCCAGAUUUUGCCUGUCAGCAGCUCAUACCAAAGAAAUGCUUGAUACCGCUUUAAAAGAAAUAAGUGAAGUUGGGGACCUAUUGCAACUGAAGUAUUCCCGUCACCGGUUGGUACCGCUACUGGACAGGCCCUUUGACGAGACUACAUAUGAAGAGACAGAAGACUGAGCCUUUUUGGUGCUCCCUCGAGGGACUCUCCCUCACCAGGACAGUGUGGCCUUUCUGAGCCAGUUCUAGGAACUACACGUCUGUGGCCAUCUCGUGUGAAAGACGUUUCUCCGACUACUGAAGGUGGCCACCUCCACUCUAAAUGGCAUUUUGUAAAUAGUGAAAAACUGCUUCGCAUCCUUCUUUUGCUAAAUCUCACCUUAAAAGGAGAGGUGAUUCACUUUGCUUUUUUUUGUCCAUUAAAAGACAUUUUCUUUUAUAACUAUUCUACUUGUUAAAUCAACUGACCCUAGCCUGUCUCCGGCUAACCGCAGGCCACUCCCCUCUCCUGGCCACCACACUGACCUGGGCCAUGCAGAGUUCCUGCCGGGCCUGGCUCCACAGCCUGGAGACCGCCCUGGCCUGCCUCUCCAGGGAGCACGUGCCUUCCCCUCACUUCCCAUCCAAGUCUCAGAGGUUGUCAACCCUGGGGUCCUUAUUUAACCAGUCAAGUAAUCAACCAAAGUUUGCUCCUUUAGUCCUAAAGUUAGCCUUUUAAGAACAGGAAACAUUAACAUUGCCAAAAGGCUCAUUUUAUAACUCUCCCUGGCCAGAAGCCUCCCUGGGCUUCGGUCUUAGUCGCUUUCAUUCCGAUCACAAGGUGAUGUCUUUCUUCCCUUGUCUUAUUUCUUCAGAGUGGUCACAGUCUGAGGCUAUGUUCAAACUCUGGGAUGUUCCCCAGCCCUAACCCUGAUACCUCUCACCCCUUAUUUAAAACCCUCACUGUUUCACAAGCUCUCACUUCUCACCCGGGAUGACCUCUGAGGCAAAGGUAACUCACAUCUCGCUGUUUGUGUACAAAGCUGCUCUGUAGAGUGACAUGCACUCCCGGUGGGGCUGGGGGCCGAGGCAGUGUGGGAAGAAUGGUGGCUUCUGGUGGGGAGUCUGUGGUUUGGGUUUCUUGCUGCUUUCUAUUUUUGAAAAUUUCUACAGCCUCUGGCUGUCUAGAUUAGGAUUUAAUGAUAAAGGAAAAUCAUUUAUCAUGUUCCUAUUUCAGGAUUAAAGUUAUUCAUGAAGCCCUUUCAGGAGCUGACCCACCUAGAUGUUCUGAAUGUUGAUCGUCUUUAACUCUUGAUGCCCUUAGACGGUUUUAACCUGGCAUCUGGGGCUAGGCCUCCCUGUCCUUCCAUGAUAGAUGUUUUUUUUUCAUUUUUUCCUCAGAAAUUCUUAACACAUAGCCCUUUCAUAAACAGUGAUCCUCUAUUUUUAUUCUUUUCAUGCUUUAACCAGGUAAAGCGACUUCUUUCAAGAGAGCUUUAUAUUGUUUGACCAAAGAACAAAUCUGAAACUCACCAUUUUUAAGUUCUUAAUUUUUCUAAUGACCAAAGUGAAGAGAACUUUUGACUUUAUUAUACCCUAAAUCAGCUUUCAUCUUUCAGUAGCCAUCAGGUAUUAUUGGGGAAGGACUGGGAACAGAAUGGAAAAACAGUUUGUGGAAGUCAUGACGUAUGUCUUCUGUUUGUGAAAUCACUCCUUUUACUGAUAAAGGUCCUCAAUCCAAAUUCUCCUGGGUAUCUUAACAGUUAUCAACUGCUGUGUGUUUGUACUACAUGUAGAGAGCCGAUAUACACAGUGUCAUUUGCAAAGUUUUGUUCCCAUGUUUUGAGUAUAAGUUAUCUUUGGCGACUAAGCAUCUGGGAGCAUUACACCCUGGAGAUAACCUAAGGUUUUAUUUUACUUUUUUAAAGAAUAGUAACAACAAAAAAAGGCUAAAUUAAAAGGCUGUGGAGAGAUGUAGGGACUAUUUUUAGCACGUUACAAGUUAAAGAUUUUGGUAGUUAAGUAACCUGUCCUGUAAAAUCACAUACUUUGCUAACAUUUCCUGUACAUCUAGUUCCCCACCAUAACAUCUCACUGGAAUACCAGGUAGCUUUUGCACUGCAGUUACUAUUUAAUGGUAUAGGCAUAGGGUUUGCAAAAAUCAUAAAUUUAAGCAAUGACCUUACCCGCUCGUCUUUUUAUUUUGGCUUGCAUGAGGUCACUGCAAACCAAAAUGUUAGUAUGGGCAUUUUAAAAAGUAUAUAUGUAUAUAAUCACUUUGUUGGUACAAAGUUCUUUCAGGAUAAAUGUCAUUAAAUUACAAGUUUAUUUUGAAGAGACAAAACUCCUGUGAUUAUCCAGGACCUCUGUACUUUCUAAACAAGAUAUUACAUAUACAUUAUAUAUGGCUGUUGUCUCUUCUGGAAACUGUACCAUAAGAUCUAGGAUCCAGUCAUGUCAUAGGUA